GAUCAGGUCUCAGAGGAGCGCUUUUCCUUCUUAUUUUACAACUAUGGUCUCCAGAACAACGCUGGAUUGGAUAUAAGGAUCUCCCGUGUUGAUCACCAACACCAGAUUUUUUUGGUGAUUUUUUUCCUCACUGUUUGGAUUGUUUGCGCUUCAUCAGAAGAUCAAACUAAAGGGGUGUUCUCUUGUGUGGCCAGACAAAAAAUGUGUUCCUCUACGCAGCUUCUCAGUUUUGCGAGGUUUGCCGUGGUUUCUCUUCUCUUUUUAACACUACAACGUGGAUCUGGUGCUACCACAAGGACGUGUCCCCCUCCCUGCGCCUGUUUUGGGGAGCUUUUGGACUGUAGUCGGGUGAAAAGGGGCCAAAUUCCAAACACGAUCCCAGAAUGGACAGUUCAACUGGACCUGAGCCAUAACAAAUUGCAGGUGCUUGACAGCACUUUGUUUGCCAAACUACAACAUUUAAGUGAAAUAAAGCUGAACCACAAUGAACUGGAGACAAUACCUGAUUUGGGACCAUAUGCUUCAAACAUCACAAUGCUAAUUCUAGCAAACAACAGGAUCACCAGGAUCUCUGUGGAGCAGCUCCGGCCCUUCCUCGCGCUGGAAACGCUCGACCUCAGCAACAACAACAUCGUGGAUAUAAAGGCCAGCUCCUUCCCCGCUCUGCCUCUCAAGAACCUGUUCCUCAACAACAACCGUAUCUCAUCGCUGGAGACGGGAUGCUUCACCAACCUGUCCAGCAGCUUGCAGGUUCUCCGGCUCAACCGCAACCGCCUCUCCACCAUCCCGGCCAAGAUCUUCCAGCUACCUAACCUCCAGCACUUGGAGCUGAGCAGGAACCGUGUCCGCAGGGUGGAGGGCCUGACGUUCCACGGUCUGCACGCUCUCCGCUCACUGAAAAUGCAGAGAAACAGCCUGACUCGCCUGAUGGACGGAGCCUUCUGGGGCCUCAGCAACAUGGAAGUCCUGCAGCUGGACUACAACAACCUGACGGAGGUGAGUAAGGGCUGGCUGUACGGCCUGCUGACUCUGCAGCAGCUCCACCUCGGCCACAACACCAUCAGCAGGAUCCGACCUGACGCCUGGGAGUUCUGCCAGAAACUCAGCGAGCUCAACCUCUCCUCCAACCAUCUCUCCAGACUAGAGGAAUCCAGCUUCGUGGGCCUCAGCCUGCUGGACGAGCUCCACAUCGGGAACAAUCGCGUUAGCUUCAUCGCGGACGGAGCGUUUCGUGGCCUCUCCAACCUGCAGACACUGGAUCUCCAAAAUAAUGAAAUCUCCUGGACCAUAGAGGACAUGAAUGGGCCCUUCUCUGCUUUGGACAAGCUGAAAAACCUAUAUCUGCACGGGAACCAGAUCCGCUCAGUGACCAAGAAGUCUUUCUCCGGCCUGGAUGCGUUGCAGCACCUAGAUUUGAGUAACAACGCCAUCAUGUCCAUCCAAGCGAACGCCUUCUCUCAGAUGAAGAACCUGCAGGAGCUGCGUCUGAACACCUCCAGCCUGCUGUGCGACUGCCAGCUGAAGUGGCUUCCAGUCUGGGUGGCAGAACAAACCUUCCUGCCCUGCGUCAAUGCCAGCUGCGCCCACCCGCAGAUGCUGAAGGGCAGAAGCGUGUUCGCCGUCAGCCAGGAGGAGUUUGUGUGUGACGAUUUCCCAAAGCCUCAGAUCACCGUGCAGCCAGAGACCCAGUCGGCCCUCAAGGGCACCAACGUGACAUUCGUCUGCUCAGCAGCCAGCUCCAGCGACUCACCUAUGACCUUUGCCUGGAAGAAAGACAAUGAGGUCCUGAAUGAUGCGGAGAUCCAUCACCAGGCUCACUUGCGGGUGCAGGGAGGUACGGGAGGUGCGGGAGGUGAGACAGUGGUGACGGAGUAUACAACCACGCUGCAGCUUCCCAACGUUGAGUUCUCCAGUGAAGGAAAAUACCAAUGCGUCAUCUCCAACCACUUUGGAUCUUCCUAUUCCACCAAGGCCAGACUCACUGUCAACAUGCUCCCUUCCUUCACCAAGAUGCCUAUGGACCUGAGUAUCCGAGCUGGAGCGACAGCUAGGCUGGAAUGUGCUGCAGUGGGUCACCCUUCCCCUCAAAUCGCUUGGCAGAAAGACGGAGGCACAGACUUCCCCGCUGCCCGUGAACGGCGCAUGCACGUCAUGCCGGAGGACGACGUGUUUUUCAUAGUGGACGUCAAGACUGAGGACAUAGGCGUUUACAGCUGCACGGCUCAGAACACAGCUGGAGCCAUUUCUGCGAAUGCCACGCUAACAGUUCUUGAAACACCCUCCUUCCUACGGCCCCUCAUGGAUCGCACCGUAGCCAAGGGUGAAACCGCUGUUCUCCAGUGCAUCGCUGGGGGCAGCCCUCCCCCAAGGUUGAACUGGACCAAAGAUGAUAGCCCAUUGGUGGUGACCGAGCGCCACUUCUUCGCGGCUGCCAACCAGCUCCUCAUCAUCGUGGACGCUGCUGAGGCCGAUGCGGGGAAGUACACCUGUGAGAUGUCCAAUGCCCUGGGCACUGAGAGGGGCAAUAUUCGGUUAGCGGUCAUACCGAACCCCAACUGUGACUCCGGCGUACAGGGUGGAGUGGGGGUCGGCGUCGUUGGUGGAGCGGGAUCGGAUGAUGAUGGGUGGACCACAGUGGGCAUCGUCAUUAUAGCGGUGGUGUGCUGUGUUGUGGGCACAUCGCUAGUUUGGGUGGUGAUCAUCUACCAUACCCGUAGACGCAAUGAAGACUGCAGUGUUACCAACACAGAUGAGACCAACCUGCCUGCCGAUAUACCCAGCUACCUGUCCUCCCAGGGCACGCUAGCUGAUCGACAGGACGGCUACAUCCCGUCUGAGAGCGGCAGCAGCCAUCAGUACAUGGCAUCAUCAAUUAGCGGCUUCUACCUGCAGCCUAAAGACAUAAAUGGUCUUUGUCAGCUGGAUACAGGAAGUGAAGCAGACAUGGAGGCAGCCAUCGAUCCUCUGCUGUGCCACUAUCAAGGGCCAAUUGGAUCACUGCUUCGUCGAGACAACAUGUAUUCCACCGACCCAUCAGAGGUGUUCACAGGUUGUUCCAUUGAACAAAGACCUGUCUGCAUUGACUCGUACAGUGGCAGCCUGACCAACCCUAAAAGGAGGGACUAUAUCCUCACAGAGCCCUUUGACCUCUGCUCUUCCACUGUCCUGAUGCAGCUUCACAAUGCCAAUCUCCAUCAUGGCCCCUCCCACCAGCAGAGUGACCGCCGCCCAUCCAUGGAGGAGGGAGAUGCGAACGACUACGGUCGUCCUCACGAGUGUCUGUCCCCUUGCAACACUUUCAUGGGAACAUUUGGAAAAGCUCCCUGGAGGCCUCAGCAGGACCUGUACCCAGGAUUCAUCCCACCGUCAGUGACGCAUAACGGAAUUACUCUGCAUGAGAACCCUUACGUCGCCCCGGACGCCGAUUCAGACCAUGAAGAGAACAGUUUCAUUAAGGGUUCAGCAUUGGAGCAGAGAAACAGCAUUUACGAACAGCCAUUUGACAGCAGCAGGACUGAUGGCAUCUCACAAGGCAGAACGAGCACUUAGCUGAGUGACUGAGCUCCUGUUUGCUCUUGUUUUUCAUGAAGAGGACUACCAAAAAAAUGGAAAAUUUCUACCUCACUGAAUGGACACUUUUGCAAUAAAGGACUCCUCAAAUGUGCAACGAGUGAAUGUAAAGGACAAUUUGAUGUUCCUACAGAAAAUUACAAGGAGCAUAUUAACAGCUGUUCUUUAGUGAUACAGCUUCAGUAAAAUAAUAUAGAUGACUAUCAACUUUUUUAUAUAUAAAUCUUAUUAUAUUUUGUAAAUUGUAUAUAAACAGAUUACAUUAUUUUUGCUUACCUUUCAUGUACGAGUAUUUUGCAGCCCUGCCAAUUCAGUUAUUCUAGCCUAAGGUUUUUAUUGCUUUCAAUGAAGCAAUGUUUUGCACAUAUGUAAACUAAAAUAAAAACACCUUAAUGUGUG